AUGUCCAACUUCAUUGAUAAAAUCUCUAACAAGCUCGGUGGUAAAGAUCACUCUGAUGCAUCCGAUGAGUACGAAACCCAACGUCACGGCCAACACCAAUCUGGUCAACACGGUCAACAGGGACAAAUGGGUAGCUCUGGCCGUUCUGGUCAGCAAGACUUGAGCUCUGCUGGUGGUCGUAACCAACAGUUCUCUACUGGCUCCCGUGAUCAAGAUGAGUUUGGAUCUCGCCAAGCAGGCUCAGGAAUGCGUAUGGAUGACGAUAACCAAUAUGGCUCUCGUCAAGCCGGUUCCAUGGGUGCUGGGUCUAUGGGUGGCAACACACAAAGAUCUGGUAUGUCCCAGAUGGAUGACGACGACAUGAACGCUGGUCGUAUGAGUGGUUCCAAGGCUGGUCGUCAAACUCGUUCCCAAACUUCUGGUCAGGGUGGAAUGCAGAGCCAAGCUCAAGAGAUGGCCCAGAAGGGAUUCGACAGAGGUGUUGAGGAAGGUCAGAAGGACAUCAACCGUAACCUCUAA